GAGCUCUGGAGUUGUUCUCCCUGAGGUGAAGGGAAAAAAUGAACAGGAGGGUUUCCAGACUUUGCUAACAAUCUCAAGCUGUGGGAGUUUGGAACUAUGAGCAGCUCGAGUAGCUCCCACUCGGUUCCGAAUGGGUCCAGUCGCCAUGAGAAGAGUUUGGGUCUGCUCGCCAUCAAGUUUGUGACAUUGCUACAGGAGGCGAAGAACGGGGUUCUCGAUUUAAAAGUGGCUGCAGACAGUUUGGCCGUCAAACAGAAAAGGAGGAUCUAUGAUAUCACAAAUGUUCUUGAAGGGAUAGGGCUCAUAGAGAAAAAGACCAAAAACACCAUCCAGUGGAAGGGAGAAGGUUCAGACUGCCAGCCACAGGAGCUCUUGGAGCAAGUGGAACUUCUUAAGGCCCAAAUAUCUGAGCUGGAGAGACAGGAAAGGGAACUGGACAUGCAGAAAUCAUGUCUGCAGCAGAGCCUGAAACACCUCAAAGAAGACCCCAACUGCUGCAGAUAUAACUAUGUGACACACGAGGAUGUAUGUGAUGUGUUCAGUGGAGACACCCUGUUGGCUGUAAUGGCACCGGCAGGAACGCAGCUAGAGGUUCCGGUGCCUGAGGCUCAGAAUGGACAGAAGAGAUAUCAAGUGAAUCUGCGGAGUGAGUCGGCUCCCAUUCAGGUGAUGCUGAUUAACAGAGAGACGAGUGGCUCUAAGCCUGUGGUGUUCUCCGUCCCACCCCCCGACGAUGUGUGUGCUAUGCCCACUCCCCCCAGCACGCCAGCAAGCCUGCAGAGAUACCCUGUCUCCUCAUCAGAACCCUGUGGUUUGGAGCACAGCCAGCUCAAGAGCCCAGUGUCUGAACACCAGCUCACACCCUCCUCCACUCCUCCAGAUGUUCAUAUGGCGUGCCACUCUGAGUCUCCUGGCAGCCAGUGCUUGUUGAUGCAGGGGUCUUUCGUUGGCACUGAGACAGUAGUGCAGCCACAUGGUGCGCUUGGUGGGCAAGAUAUGCAGUCUGUGCUGGACGUGGGGAGUCUGCUCCGACUUAACACUGAAGGAGUUGGAAUGAAGGAGGAGAGGGAGGGUGUUGCUGACCUCAUAGAUGAGCUCAUGUCAUCAGAUGUUUUCCCCUUGCUGCGGCUCUCGCCCAACCCGGGUGUGGAUUACAGUUUCAACCUGGAUGACAAUGAGGGAGUCUGUGACCUGUUUGAUGUACACAUUCUAAAUUAUUAAGAAAGCCUGAUGGUUCAGUUGGUUUUGGCUCAAUCCGCUGUAUAAUUGUUUACUUUGAAUAGAGAUCCAACUCGUCCUCCUUUCCAUGGUAACAUUCCACAGCACUGCCAAUGGCCAACGCCAACGAAUUACAUUCCAGCACAGUGAUUUUGUGACCUCCACACACUCCACCCUCGCAAAUAUUCACAUUAAUGUUAAAACCCAUCCUCACUGGAUGUACUUUAGUGUUUCUGUCUACAAUGCAAAGCUGGAUGUUGUGCAUAUUUACUAGAAUUUGGAUCGAUAGCUUCAGGCACUAACCUUUUUAAAGUUUAGUGGUCACUAACGAGUGGGGUAAGGCUUUGUUCAUCAGGGAAGAUUGUUAACUUUAACGCUGUUUGGGGGAACUACAUUUAAAGUAGUUUUUUCUGUUUACGUACUACUAAAACAUGUGCCUUAGGAUGCCCUUCUUGUAUAUAUGUCCUUUAAACAGAUGUGAAACUGUAUGGGCUUUCCUGUUGUAUAUAUCCUGCAUCACACAGAGUGGAUAAUCAUUUGUUUGUAUUUAUAUUCUGUUUUUGGUUACUGUUUGCAUGAAGAAUUGCAGUACUGCCUUAUUUCAACCUCCUGAAGUUUACUUAAUUUUGGAAAAGUAUUUAAGGGAAUUUCUUUUGUGAAGUAAUUUCAUAGAGUUGCAUCUAAUUUAAAUAUCACUUCGUCUUCCUAAAUGUUGCGCUGUUAAGCUGCCUUUGAUAAUCUAUAGGUCUUUCUAACCGACCGAAUGUUUAUGCCUUUUGUAGCACUUUCUGAAUGUCUAGUUUUUUGUCUAAUCAAAUCAGUGAUUUUUUUUCUUUUUGCACUUUUUUUUUUUUACAUCAAAGUUUUAUAUAAAACACAAUUGCAGAUAUGAGUGUUGUGAUUC